GUUGUACACUCACGUGUAGCUUGUAUCGUUGGUGUUAGGUUAUGUAUUGUUUUCUGAAGACAACAUGGAUGAAUUAAUAAAUUCAAUUUCACCAUCAGAAAAAUAUAAACCUAUAACUGUAAAUAAACUCAUAGAUCUUAAUUAUGAUUUAGGAACUCUUUUAGCGGAAGAUACAAACGAUUUUGAUACGAAUUGUUUAAGUCGAAACAAGAACGAUUACUUGUUGAAUCUUGCUAGGGAUAACACGCAAUUGUUAUUAAAUCAAGUUUGGGGCUUACCUACGGAACGUGUUGAGGAAGCUAUUGUUGUUAGAUUACCAGUACAGAAAACGCUACUUCCGCGUAUGAAACCGAUCCCAAAACCGAGACCUUUAACUAAAUGGGAACAAUUUGCAAAAGUCAAAGGAAUACAGAAAAAGAAAAAAGCAAAAUUAUCAUGGGACGAGCAGCUUAAGAAGUGGGUACCAUUGUAUGGUUUCAAGAAAUCACAAGCAGAAAAAGAAAAAAAUUGGGUACUAGAAGUUCCUGAAAAUGCCGAUCCCAUGGAAGAUCAAUUCGAAAAGAAAAAUUUUGCCAAAGGAGAGCGUGUCGCUAAAAACGAACUCCAAAGACUUAGAAACAUCGCUAAGGCUAAAAAAGUUCAAGUACCAAGGGUCGGUAUCACUAAUUCGGAAGUAUCUACUGCAAAAGAUUUACAAGCUGCUGUAACGGUGGCAAAAGCAUCAACAGCAAGUUUGGGUAAAUUCCAGAAAGAUUUACCUAAAGAAAAAGAAGCCAAAGGUAUAUCGGCGAUACUACCGGGAGCUUCGAGGAAAAGGAAGCAACCACCGGUUUCCGGUGACACAGAAAAAACAGAAAAUCUAGCGAUAGUUGAUUCGAUUCUCAAUAAGAGACCCAAAUUGAACAUCGAAAAAGCUGUAGCUCGGCAUAUAAGUAACGAUCAAGUAGGUAGUUCUCAUCAAGAUAGACCACGAUCUAGCAAAAAAUCUAAUAACGUUAAGGGUAAUUCGAAGAAACCAAAAGGCAAAGGGGGACAGAGAAAGGGUGGUAAAAACGCGGGUGGUAGGAAGAGGCGUUGAAAUAAUUUUAGUUUUAUGUAAAUAUAGAGUAAGGGUCUAACUGUAAUAUUAAUGUAAUAUACCCAGUUUAGGUCGUUUGUAUAAAUUUGAAUUGUAUUAGUUAAGGAUACAAUUUUGAAUUUAUCUUGAAAAUGUAUUGCAAAAAUAAUUCGUUUCCUUGGUUUGUUGGUAGGAUUUACCAAUUUGAAACUUUAAGGAACAAUAUUAUAAAUUAUUUUAAUUUUUCAAA